AUGUGAUCCCACCGGGACGAUGCUGCCGCUGCUGCCGCUGCUGCUGUUGGGCUCCCGAGGGCUGAGCCUGCCCCUGGACGACACCGAGGUGGUGACCCCGCUCCGCCUGGACCCGGACAUCAACGGCAGAUCCUACUUCAGGCGGGGGCCGGCAGAGCCGCCCCGGGGGGGGCAGGCGGUGGUUUUCCAGCUCUCGGCUUUCGGCGAGGAUUUCUACCUCCACCUCACCCCCGACGCCCACUUCAUCGCGCCCGCCUUCGCCUCGCAUUACCUGGGGGCCGCAGCCCGGCCCGGCCCUGCCCUCCGGCACUGCUUCUAUUCAGGGGAUGUCAACGCGGACCGGGAGUCCUUCGCCGCCCUCAGCCUCUGCGGGGGGCUCCGGGGGGCUUUCGGCUACCGAGGAGCCGAGUACAUCAUCAGCCCGCUGGCUGCGGGCGCGGCAGGAGGGGAGCAUCGCCUGCAGCGCCGCAGCCCCGGCCGCCCCGUCGGGGCCGGAGCAUCCCGCUGCGCCGUGGGCUCCGGGCUCACCCCCGGCGUGCUGCAGGCGCUGGAUAAGUACCGGGGACGGGGGAAAGGGGGGAAAGGGGGUCGGGCCAAGCGCUUUGCCUCGGUGCCCCGGUACGUGGAGACGUUGGUGGUGGCUGAUGAGUCGAUGGUGAAGUUCCAUGGGGAUGAUCUCCAGCACUACCUGCUCACGCUGAUGGCCACGGCCGCCCGCCUCUACAAGCACCCCAGCAUCCGGAACCCCAUCCAGAUCUCCGUGGUCAAGUUCCUCCUCAUCGGGCAGGAUGACAAAGGGCCCAAAGUGACCGGGAAUGCCGCCCUCACCCUCCGCAACUUCUGUGCCUGGCAGAAGAAGUGGAACAAGGGCAGCGACAAGCACCCCGAGUACUGGGACACCGCCAUCCUCUUCACCAAGCAGGACCUGUGCGGGGCCACCACGUGCGACACGCUGGGGAUGGCGGAUGUGGGUACCAUGUGUGAUCCCAAGCGGAGCUGCUCCGUCAUCGAGGACGAUGGGCUGCCCUCGGCUUUCACCACUGCCCACGAGCUGGGCCAUGUCUUCAACAUGCCCCACGACAACGUGAAGGCCUGUGAGGAGGUCUUUGGCCGGCUGAAGACCAACCACAUGAUGUCCCCUACCCUCAUCCAGAUCGACCGUGCCAACCCCUGGUCAGCCUGCAGCGCUGCCAUCAUCACCGACUUCCUCGACAGUGGCCAUGGAGACUGCUUGCUGGACCAGCCGGCCAAGCCCAUCCCGCUGCCCGAAGACCUGCCCGGGUCGAGCUACAGCCUGAACCAGCAGUGCGAGCUGGCCUUCGGGGUGGGCUCCAAGCCCUGCCCUUACAUGCAGUACUGCGCCAAGCUGUGGUGCACGGGCAAGGCACGGGGCCAGAUCGUCUGCCAGACCCGGCACUUCCCCUGGGCCGACGGCACGAGCUGUGGUGAGGGGCGCUUCUGCCUCAAGGGCUCCUGCGUUGAGAGGCACAACAUCAGUAAGUACAGGGUGGAUGGUGGCUGGGCCAAGUGGGCGCCCUAUGGGCAGUGCUCGAGGACGUGCGGUGGAGGGGUGCAGCUGGCCAAGCGGGAGUGCACCCACCCCGUGCCUGCCAAUGGGGGCUCCUACUGCGAGGGCAUCCGCGUCAAGUACCGCUCCUGCAACCUGGAGCCCUGCUCUGCUGCAGUGCCGGGAAAGAGCUUCCGUGAGGAGCAGUGUGAAGCCUUCAACGGAUACAGCCACAGCACCAACCGCCUCACCGCAUCCGUCUCCUGGGUCCCCAAAUACUCCGGUGUCUCCCCCCGGGAUAAAUGCAAGCUCAUCUGCCGAGCCAAUGGCACCGGUUACUUCUACGUGCUGGCACCCAAGGUUGUGGACGGGACCCCUUGCUCCCCAGACUCCACCUCGGUCUGCGUGCAGGGCAAAUGCAUCAAAGCGGGUUGUGAUGGGAAGCUGGGCUCCAAGAAGAAGUUUGACAAGUGCAGUGUCUGCGGAGGAGACAACAAGAGCUGCAAGAAGGUCUCAGGCUUGUUCACCAAACCCAUGCAUGGCUACAACUUCGUGGUGGUCAUCCCCGCGGGAGCCUCCAACAUCGACAUCAGGCAGCGGGGCUACAAGGGGCUCAUCAGCGACGACAAUUACCUGGCGCUGAAGAACGGGCAGGGCAAGUACCUGCUCAACGGGCACUUCAUCGUGUCCGCAGUGGAGAGGGACCUCAUGGUGAAGGGCAGUGUCCUGCGGUACAGCGGCACCGGCACCGCCGUCGAGAGCCUCCAGGCCUUCAAACCCAUCCAGGAGCCCCUGACCCUGGAGGUGCUGUCCGUGGGGAAGAUGACCCCUCCGCGGGUGCGCUACUCCUUCUACCUCCCCAAGGAGAGCAAGGAGGACAAAGGCUCCUAUAGGAAGGAGGGCAGGACCCCGCCGGACCUCAACAACAGCGUCCUCAGCCUGUCCAACCGCUUGGACGGGGGGAGGCCAAGCUACAAACGUCCCUCCUACAAGUGGGCAGCGGGCGGAUGGGAAGCGUGCUCCGUGACCUGCGGCGAUGGGAUGCAGAAGCGCUCCGUGGCUUGCCAGGACUCCUACGGGCAACCCGCGGCCGAGUGCGAUGCUGCGCAGCGCCCGGCUGAGGUCCGGCUCUGCGGGGAGCCCUGCCCCAUCUGGGAUGCUGGACCGUGGUCCCCCUGCUCCAAAAGCUGCGGUCGUGGGUUCAAGAGGCGGGCGCUGAAGUGCUCGGUCCCAACCGGGCGCCUGCUCCCGCGGGAGAGCUGCAAUUCCCGCAGGAAGCCGCAGGAGCUGGAUUUCUGCACCUUGAGGCCGUGCUGAGCUGGAUGCAGGGGUGCUGCGUGAGGAAGGGCAUGGUGCUCCUCCGGCUGGGGAUGGGGGAGAUGUCCAUAGCACAUAGAAAACG